AUGAAUGCUUCCACUUCUCAAACAGAAACUCGAGCAAAGCAAACGCCUAGACUAAUUCCAAUCCGUCUUCUGCCAAAUAGACUUCGCAACAAUUCGAAAAACAUAACUAAACCCCAAAAACAUUCUGCCGAUGAUUACAUGAGAUUUGUAGCUGAUCGCUUUGUGCGGACUGGAAAUAAUAUGUUAACAGUCAGAAAAUGUACGGAAGAAUCGAUGAGUGAUGCGAUUGUUCUGGGACGGCUUGAGUUUCGAGGGGAUUGUGACUUGGGCUCACUUAUGUGUAUCGCUCCUCUUUGUGGACGAACCUUUGAUUCAAUACAAGUUUUGGCUUAUCAUUUAUCGUAUUCGCAUCAAAACAUUCGCUUGACGGGAGAUCACGAAAAGUGCUUGGUAUGCGGGCAGAAUAUUGGCGGCGAACAUGCUAAACGAACGCAUCUACUGAGGAAACACAAUGAUCUCUCAAAACGCCACAAUGAACAGUGCCUUGAGCAACGUGGGACUAUCAUCUCUCCUGAAUCUCCGGCUGCCAAAAGAAUUAUUGGCGAUCGAUCGACGUUUCUUGUCUCAGCUUUCGAACACAAUUCUACGAAGACUCGUGAUGAUGCACUUACAGAUUUU